UUUCCCCUCUUUGGGAAGAUCUGGAGCCUAUUCCCAGGAGUGCGAUGGAAAAGCCCCAAGGAGAAGAGCAAGAAACCACACCAGGAAUCAAGGUAGAAAAACAAGAUCCAGCAGAAGACGAAUCAGAGGAGAGACCGGAGAGAAACCUUCACAUUAUCCAGGUUGAGGCAAGCAGAACACUUCUGGCCAAAGCAGUCACACGUGAGAUUAAGCAAGAACCUCAGGAAGAGUCACAUCACUGUUGGGAAGCCCAAGAACGGGAGCUGCCGAAGGAUACGCAGUCUCCUCAACAAGGAUGGGAAAACCCAAAGCCACCAAGUCAGUCCCAGUCUGAGGAGAAUGCCAAGGUGCUGAAGUUCUCCUUCGAAGGGUCAGGAAGUGCUGAACGAUGGCCUUGUGAGGAGUGGGGGAUUCCACUGCCAUCCCGCCAGGCUGACAGAAGCCAGGAUCUAUCUGGAAACGUAGUGCUGAUGGAGACGACAGAUGAUGACCCUGUUGGAUCGGAGAUCUGGCGCCGGCGCUUCAGGUAUUUCUGCUACUGGGAGGCCGAGGGACCUCGAGAGGUCUUCAGCCAACUCUGGGAGCUGUGUCGUCGAUGGCUGAAGCCCGAGAGACACACCAAAGAGGAAAUCUUGAAGCUGCUGAUCCUGGAGCAGUUUCUGACCAUCCUGCCAGAGGAAAUGCAGAGCUGGGUCAGGGAACGCAGACCGGAGACAUGCAGCCAGGCAGUGACCCUAGCCGAAGAUUUCCUGUUGAUGCUGAAGGAGUCCGAGAGCUGCAAAGAGCCGGCCACAAGGAUAACUGGAAGAGAUCCAUCAGAGACCAUAAAAAGUCAGCUUCCUAUGGAACCCAGGCAGGGGGACAGUGGAGAGACCACUUUUCCUGCAGAUGACUGGCAUGUCAUUGUAAAGGAGGAAGAGGUGGAUCUUCAGCUGGAAGGACCAAAAGAAGUGGGCGCCCCUGGAGCAUCACGGGAAGGUAAAGAAGGGGAAUUUUCCCAAGUUCCUGAGUGGGAGCAGAUGCGCAAAAGUUUGGCUGGACCUGAAAAUUACCAGGAAAACCAUCUGAGGAAGACAACAGAACAAACUUUUCUUUGUGAGGGAGCUGGGAAACGUUUUCCCAAAAGGACCUUUGAAGAGGGAGUGGGCAGACGUAAGAGGAAAAAGGCAGGUGCUGAUAGCGGGAAAAGUCUCCGCCAGAGUUUGAACCUUCUAGAGUUUCAGCAAAUAGACACAGGAGAAAAAACAUACAAACCCCCCGAGUGGGGCAAGAGCUUUAAGCUGAAAGUGCAUCUUAAUAUGCGUGGAAGAACACAUGCCACAGGGAGACCUUCUAUAUGGUCAGACUUUGGGGAAAGGUUUACUCAGCCCUGUGAAGUUUCUAGACCACAGGAAAUCCACGCCAAAGUGAAUCAGCACACGUGUUCCGAGUGCGGGAGAACUUUUAGCAGGCAAUCCCAUCUCCUCAUCCAUCAGAGAAUGCAUACUGGAGAAAAACCUUACACAUGCUCAGAGUGUGGGAAAAGCUUCAGUUACAGCUCGGUCCUUACAGAACACGAAAGAAUCCACACGGGGGAGAAACCCUACGAGUGUUCAGAGUGUGGACAAAGCUUCAGCCGGAGGUCGUACCUCAUUCAGCAUGAGAGAACCCACACAGGAGUGAAGCCGUAUGAAUGUGCAGAGUGCCAGAAAUGUUUCACCCGUCGCAGUGGCCUUCUUCGACAUCAGAAACUCCACGUGGCUAAGAAGCCAUGCUGAUUCCAGCACCUUUUUGCGGCUAAUGUUCACAGGCAUGGGAAAAUGUAUGGUUUUACAAAUAUGGUUGACUGCAGACUCUGAAUUUAAGCAAACCACUGCUUGUUUAAGAACAGAACUGCCUUAUAGGCUGAGUUGAAAGGUCUAGCUUGCAUACCUUGUGAAAGGCCUUUUCCUGUAUCUCCCUCCUCUUAUGGU